AUGUCGAAAUCAGUAUCGGACGCCAGGACUACUAGGGUACAAAAAGUAUGUACACUUUGGACCCAUGACGACAACUUCUCACGCGAUGAUAUUGUCUUCAACUCAGAGAAGUUUCCAGAGAUCCCUACAACGACUGGAACAUUACUCCAAAUAGUGGCUCUGGACUCAAAUACCGCCGUCCGCGAUUUCCAAUCUACAACCAAGGGUUCGCAGCAUGACCUUCACCAAGCCAAGGAGGGUGUCUUCGCGCGAGACACUGGUGCAAAUGGCCUGUUCAAGCGAUCCCGUAGGCGGUGUCCCAGAGCAACUGUGUACAACACUUCACAAAAGGUCAACCAGGUAUCGAUAUCAGAGUUCGAUAGCAAAAAGUCAUCGGCUUCCGCAACCGAAUGCAGGUGA